AGGCGUGUUGUAAAUUGGAGUUUCAGGUGUCAAGCUGGAAAAAGGGCAAACUCUAAUUGGCUAGAAAAUCAUUUAUGCUGGCGGGAGGAGUCCUCCGUCGGCCUCUGCCUCAUAUACAACUCUUUUGCACACUGGUUUACUCCUAGUUGCUAGUGUGACUAUACCUGUGGCGAUCAUCCCGAAGCUUAUCAUCGUAGGCACGAGUAGCCUACCUUUUGAACUGUAGGCGCGUGUCAUGGAGUGACGAGAUAAGAAGUACGGAUACUCUUCUUGGACUAAUUUUUCAGCCUCUGCUUUUCUCCAAACUUACAGGAUUUGUUUCAAACAUUUUCUCAAGAGCUACAUCAGUUCAUACCAACACAUAUAGAUGAGGAAAUCAGCUGUGGUGUUUGUGUGGUAUCUGCACGCGCGAGAUUUCUAUCUUUGAGGGCAUCGCUCGCGCGCAUCCCCUUGAAAGCGAGGAGGUGUCACACCGCUGCCAGUGACUCUCAAACCGCUCAAGUCACACGCGUCAGACACGCGAACUCCUGACUUAGGCUAAUAUUCUAUAGUCAUUGACGUUUACGCUGUCAUAAAUAUUUAUUUAGGCCUAUAUUUAAGAUAUUCAAGAAAACUUCACUUGGGGAAAACACGCUGGAUAAACUUGGAAUAACUUUUUUAACCGCACAGAAAGAUUUGUAUCCCUGUCCUACGGGAAAGCAUCAUAAGAUGAUGGAGCUCCCUGCGGAGCCCCGGUGGAUGAUGCAUGCUCAUCAUUCAGCCUUAAUGGGUACUUCAGAUUCAGUGUCUCCGCACUCUGGUUUAGGACAUCACAGUUCGGGAUAUAUGGAGCAAGGUGCCCCAUUAUUACCACCAGACGAGGUAGAUGUAUUUCUCAGUCAUUUAGACUCUCAAGGAAACCCCUAUUAUCACACACACGGGUCCCACUCUCACACUCGUGCACGAAUGUCUUACAGUCAAACGCAUGCACGGCUUACGGGUGGCUCAAUGUGUCGACCUCACCUUAUCCACACCCAAGGGCUUUCCCUACUGGACAACAGCAAAUCGACUUUUUCGGCGGCCCAGCACCACAGCGCAUGGACAGUCAACCACCUGGGCAAAGCGGUUCUGCAUUCAGCAGGCGCCGAGAACUCAAACGGCCCAUACACGAGCACCGGCACACCUGCCCCAGGUUCGAUGCAGUGCCUGUCAAUGACGCAACACUGCAGUCCUCAGCUCUACUGCCUACCCCCUACUCCACCCAAAGAUGCGUCCCCUGACCCUGCGUGUGCUGCUGUGAGGGACGCUGGGAAGUACCAUCUCCAUCUUGUCGACGGGAUGAAGAUGGAGUGCUCCAGUCCAAUCCGCAGCAAUCUCGCGCAAACUACAACUCAUAUCCCUUCAUAUUCCGAUUACGCUUUAGCUGGAGCGCACGAGUACCCCGGCAGUGUGUUUCAUUCCAGAAGUCUUCUCGGCAGCAGCGCGAGCAACAUGACGUCAAAAUGCAAAAGCAAAAGCCGCGCUUUCUCAGGUCGUGAAUGUGUGAAUUGUGGAGCUACAUCAACUCCUCUGUGGCGGAGAGAUGGAACAGGUCAUUAUCUGUGUAAUGCAUGUGGACUCUAUCACAAGAUGAACGGCCAGAACCGACCACUCAUCAGACCCAAGCGCCGACUGUCAGCAUCUAGACGAGCAGGCACCUGUUGUGCCAACUGCCAGACAGGGACCACCACACUUUGGAGACGUAAUGCCAAUGGAGAACCUGUCUGUAAUGCCUGCGGUCUAUACUACAAACUACACAAUGUGAACCGUCCACUUACUAUGAAGAAAGAGGGGAUUCAGACACGCAAUAGGAAAAUGUCAGGCAAACCUAAGAAGAGGAGAGGAGAGCACUUUCAGCAAUUUGACAGUUGUGUACAUGACAAACAAUCCACCUUCAGCCACAUGGCCAACAUGCCCCACCCCUUCAACAUGACUCCACCCAUACAGUUACAUCCUGCAUUCAGUCACAGCAGCUUAGUCACUGCUAUAGGAUGAGAGACACCUAUAGAACAUACCAUACUUAAUGAACACAUUAAAUGCAUUCUUCAGUUUGCAUGUUCAGGUGAAGGACAUUUCAUUAAUGUUUCAGGCUUAAGUUCAAAUGUUCUUUAUGCAAAUCAUUAAAUUCUAUUUUGGCUUGAUUUAAAAAGUUGCACUUUAUUUUGUGGAUUUUUGAAAUGUAUUUUAAGCCAACAUAGAUUCUGAUUGUAGUAAACCAAAAGUUUAAUUAAUUAGCCAGUUCUCAUUAAUAAUAAAUAUCCCCUAUUUAUUCAAAUAUAAUCACAAGUACAUCAACUUUUAUGCCCGAUUAUGUCAUCUAUACCACUGCACUGUAUCUUAUGUAACUGUGAAGGAAGAAGAAGCCCUGCGUUUUAAAGAUCAUAAUAUAAAUACAUUUUCUAUACCAUUUCUAAUGAUAUAAUUAUUUCUUUAAUUUAUUUUUUCUUUGUCCUUAUUUUCAAGCUUUAUAUAUGAACUAGUAUCAACAUCAAUAGCAAAAAUUACACUUUUUUUGUACACAUGCAUUAACAGUAACACUCAGAACACACACUUUUUUAAUGUGUACUUAUUUUAAAAUUUUUGUUAAUAAAUGAUUUAAACACAA